AUGCUAUUCUCAAACCCAUUUCGAAAUCAUUUACUGAGGCAAUUUGGAAGCAAUAAGAAUAUUCAAUCUACACGGCCACCGCAGACGCUACCCAGUUUUUCGCUCGAGGGGAAGACUUGUGUCGUUACGGGAGCAGCUCGUGGGCUCGGAAAAGAGUUUCUCACUGCUUUUGCUCAAUCUGGUGCAAAUGGAGCAUGUAUCGACCUCUCCCUAUCUGCAGCAACAUCCUCUAUCACACAUAUAGCCUCACAGUUUGAAACACGAACAACAGAAAUUAACCUGAAACCGUACGCCUGCGAUGUAACCUCUGAAUCUCAAGUGGAAUCUACCAUCACCCAAAUUGUCAAGGACUUUGGUAAAAUCGAUGUUCUAGUUACAGCAGCAGGGAUAGUCGAUAAUGUCGCCGCGGAAGAUUAUUCGUAUGCUCGAUGGCGGAAGUUGAUGGAUGUUAAUCUUGAUGGCUCUUUCCUCUGCGCGAGAGAGGUUGGAAGACAUAUGAUUCAGCGGAAUGUCAAGGGUGGGAGUAUUAUUCUGGUGGGGAGCAUGUGUGGCGAGGUUUGUGUUAGGCCGCAGAAGCAGGCUGCUUAUAAUGCUAGUAAAGCAGCUAUCAUCAUGCUGGCAAAAUCCUUGGCUACCGAAUGGGCUCCUCACUCAAUUCGUGUCAACACCUUAUCUCCGGGAUACAUGCAUACAGACCUCAUUAUCGACCUCCUAGAUAAACAAGGUAGUGAAAUCACAAAGCAGUGGAUUGAGCAUACUCCAAUGCGCAGAAUGGGUCGUCCGUCCGAAUUGCAAGGUGCAGUUGUGUGGAUGGCGAGUGAGGCGAGUAGAUUCAUGACGGGCGCUAAUAUUGUUGUGGAUGGGGGAUAUAGUUGUUACUAA